AUGGUCGCCAUCACUCGAAUCGUUGCGACGGCUCUGGCAGCCACCUCGGCCCUGGCCCUCCCUCACGGCACCAGCCACAGCCACACUCAGACCCGGUCCGUGACCGCAGGCAAGCGCAGCACCGCCAACAAGAAGGGUGCGGCGUACAACGACGCCUCGAUGGUCAAGUCCCUCGCCGGCGGCAGCGGCAACGCCAGCAAGAUCUCGUGGGCCUACGACUGGAACAUGCACUCGAUGGGUAUCCUCCCGUCGGACGUGGAAUUCGUCCCCAUGCUCUGGGGCAGCAAGAUGUUCGGCGAGUGGUUCAACACGAUCCAGACGGUGCUGUUCUCCGGCAGCAACUACAUCAUGGGGUUCAACGAGCCGGACGUCCCCUCGCAGGCCGCCAUGUCGCCGUCCGAGGCCGCCGAGCACUACAAGAAGUACAUCAGCCCCUUCAACGGCAAGGCCAAGCUGGUGACCCCCGCCGUCUCCUCCACCGAGGGCGACAACGCCGGUCUGGGCUGGAUGCGCCAGUUCCUGGACCAGUGCAACGACUGUGGCAUGAGCGUGCUGGCCGUGCACUGGUACGGCGACGACGCCGCCGCCUUCAAGGACUUUGUCUCGCGCGCUGAGGCCCUCGCUUCCUCCUACAACCUCGAGGAGACCUGGGUCACCGAGUUCGCCCUCAACAGCGACCUCAGCGCCGGCGGCGGUAACGAGCAGUCGAAAGAGUUCCUGGGCGAGGUGAUCCCCUGGUUGGACUCUGAGCCGGGCGUCGGUCGCUAUGCUUACUUCAUGUGUGCCGAUGGUUACCUGCUGAGUGGUGAGCAGUUGAGCACCAGUGGCCAGGCCUAUCUGGGUUAA